CAUAUUUCCCUCGCAUUGCCAGAUCUGUGAAGCUCUAUCAACUACAACACCGAUUCCAGAAGAAUUUGUUGCUGGAGACCCAAGCAAGCUAUACCGACACUCACUCAUACCGACACAACACAUCAUGGCUUUGUCUGCACGGUCAGCCACUCGGGCGCUGCGAGCUUCCAAGCUCAAUGCUCCCGUCGUCCUCAAUGCCUCCCGCAGCUAUGCUACCGCCGAGCCCGACCUCAAGGAAACCCUCAAGUCCGUCAUCCCGGAGAAGCGUGAAUUGCUCAAGAAGGUCAAGGCACACUCCUCCAAGACUAUUGGCGAAGUCAAGAUCGAGAACACUCUGGGUGGAAUGCGUGGCUUGAAGGCUAUGGUCUGGGAAGGCUCCGUAUUGGACGCCAACGAGGGCAUUCGAUUCCACGGCAAGACCAUCAAGGAUUGCCAAAAGGAGCUGCCAAAGGGCACUAGCGGAACUGAGAUGUUGCCAGAGGCCAUGUUCUGGCUGCUGCUCACUGGCCAGGUUCCCAGCACCAACCAGGUCCGUGUCUUCAGCAAGGAGCUCGCCGAGAAGGCUCAGCUGCCACAAUUCGUCAACAAGAUGCUCGACGACUUCCCUAAGGACCUCCACCCAAUGACCCAGUUCGCAUGUGCAGUCUCAGCGCUCAACUACGAGUCCGCCUUUGCCAAGGCAUACGAGCGCGGUAUCAACAAGGCCGACUACUGGGAGCCAACUUUCGACGACUCCAUCAGCCUCCUGGCCAAGCUCCCAACCAUUGCCGCCAAGAUCCACCAGAACGCCUACUGCGGCGGCGGCGCUCUUCCAGCGGAGGUUGAUGUCAACCAGGAUUGGUCCUACAAUUUCGCCGCCAUGCUCGGCAAGGCCGGCAAGGAGAACGAGAACUUUCAGGAUCUCCUCCGUCUCUACCUCGCCCUUCACGGUGACCACGAAGGCGGUAACGUCUCCGCCCACGCCACCCACUUGGUUGGAUCCGCGCUCAGCGAUCCUUUCCUUUCCUACUCCGCUGGUCUUCAAGGUCUGGCCGGCCCACUCCACGGCCUCGCUGCGCAGGAGGUGCUCCGCUGGAUCCUUCAGAUGCAGGAGCACGUCGGCAAGAACUUCAGCGACCAGGAUGUCAAGGACUACUUGUGGACGACUCUCAAGUCAGGCCGCGUCGUGCCCGGCUACGGCCACGCUGUGCUCCGCAAGCCCGAUCCCCGAUUCGAGGCGCUCAUGGACUUUGCCUCCAGCCGCAAGGAGAUCGCCGCUGACCCAGUCUUCCAGCUCGUGAAGAAGAACAGCGAAAUCGCUCCAGGAGUCUUGACCGAGCACGGCAAGACCAAGAACCCCUUCCCCAACGUUGACUCCAGCUCCGGUGUCUUGUUCCACCACUACGGUUUCCACAACACCCUUUACUACACUGCCACUUUCGGUGUCAGCAGAGGUCUUGGACCGCUCGCUCAGCUCAUCUGGGACCGCGCACUUGGUCUGCCGAUUGAGCGUCCCAAGUCGAUUGAUCUCAAGGGUCUCUUAAAACUUGCGGAGGCAUAG